GCUGUCUUGUUCCAAUUAUAUAUGUUGGUCUCGCUUCUUUCUUCCUCUCUUAUUCUGUCCUUGAUUGUCUUUAUCUGCUUCCAGAUAAACAAAAGUGAUCAUCAAAUUCAGCUCUUUGGAUAGCAUACGGUAUAGCCAUAUCACGGCGCUCCCAUUACUUGCGAGAGUCGAACAAAUAAUAUUCUUUUCUGUCGAUAACAGCAAUAUUUUAGUUACUUGGCCAUUAAUGUUAGGAAGUUUCUAUUUAGGGAGCAGACAAUAAUAGUCUUAGGGGUUGAUUCGUACUAUCUCUAAGCCUAUCCGUUGACAUGCUAGUGUCUAACAGAAUUACGGUAACAGAAGUUUUUGAGAAAAAACUGCGGCAGCUUGGUCUGGAGGAAUUUCCAUGUGGCUAUGGAAGUUGGAGAGAAAAUCCCAAUAAGAAAAGAAAUCAACAAUGUUCAAAGAAAUUUCAAACUGGUCCUCACACUUCAGGCAUCAAAAAAGAUAAAACUCCUUUGGACAAGCAUGUUGACACUCUGCUGGAAUAUGUUCAUUCAGAAAAUUCUCCAUGGAAUACUGACUGUAGCUGGAGUAGUGAAGCCCUGAAUUUGAGAGAAAUUGCCAUCACUAAUCCACAAUGGAUCAAUGAUAAAUUUGUUUUUAAUUUCUUCAAAACACUUACUCUCAGGAAUUCUUCAAUUCAAGAAAUUGAUUCAGGUGUUUUGAAAUUCAGUAGCCUAGAAGAAUUCAAUCUUAAUGUGAACUAUAUUGCAAACAUUUCACCAAAGAAUUUGCCUCCAUCAUUGAAGAGGCUGGAAUUGAGUGCCAACAAGAUCAGUGAUUUAACAAGUUUAUGUGAUCAACCUCCACCAUUGAUUCAUCUUGGACUCAGCUAUAACACCAUUAGUUACAUUGAUAAACACUUCACAAAAAAUUAUUGGCCGCAAUUAUUGUCUUUGGAUUUGCUUCAUAACGAUCUAUGUGAUCUGAGACAAGUAGUUAAAGCAUGCAGUUAUUUACCCAAACUUCAGAGUUUGGUUCUUGUUGGCAACCCACUUUCACUUGUUACAGGAUAUCGUGGCUUUGUCAUUGCCAGUUUACCCCUCCUGGUGGUUUUGGAUUAUAUUACAAUCAGAGCUGAUGAAAGAUUUCAUUUUAAGGAUCUCCAAAUGUACAAAGAUCAUAUAGAAAAUGUAGCAGUGAUAAUUAUGAACGUUCCUUCCAUCAGUGGAAUCCCAAUGCCUCAAGAAAUGAAGCCGUCCUUUGAGAUGCCUGAAAAUACUGUCAUACAAAAGACAUACAGUGUUCAAGUGGUAUUCCUCUCAGAAGAAGAAGAUAGUAAUACAAUGUCACCUGAAGACCAGAAUCAAAAAUUGGUCAUGGAAAAGGAAUUCAGUUUGAAUGAAUUCAAAAGAAUAAGCAGAGCCAACAUAACCAAAUCAAAGCUGGAUUUCAGAACUUACCUUGAGAAGAUGCAAGCCAGAUUUUCUAAUGCCACUGACAUUCAAAGCCACAAACAUUCACUCCUUUCAAGUACUGAUACAUCACCAAUGAAAACUAUCACGUUAUGCACUGAGUCACUACCUUGGACAGAGAAUGAAAUCAUUUUUAACUGGGAAGCCCAGCAGAAGUACAAUGACCUUCUCCUGCUACGUGAUUAUUUGUACCGGGAUAUUGAAAUCAGUGUUAUAGAAAGAAAGUUGAUAGGACAUGAAAUUAUUGAAGAAUCUGAUGAUGAUAAGAAUGUUUCUAAUAAAGACAAAAAGAAAGGACGGAAACUUGACAAAAAACCUGAUAAAGGAAAGAAAAUGAGGAAAUCUGGCAGAAUGGAUUUUAUAAAAUGGUUGCCACCAGAAGAUACAAGUCUAGCCAAAUUCUAUCUCAAUAUAGAAUCCUUUAUCAAAGGAAACCAUAACAUCAGCACUAGAUUUUCCUAUGAAAUUUCAGAUACCUUUGAAUUUAAUACAGGCACCGAUCGUUCCAAGCAGAUUUAUAAGAAGGAGGAUAAACUGAAGAGACCUCUUUCAAGAGCCUCACAGGUUUCUUUGAAAACAGAUAAAAAUGCUGGUGCAUUAAAGAAGAAAGGGAAACCAGCCAAAGAAUCUCCUGAAGAUAUGAUGCCGACAGCCUUGGAGUUUGAUUUUACUAUAAGACUGCAUGACUGGACAUCAACUGAAGACUGUAUUACAGACGCAUCUGAAUAAAAUAUAAUACCAAAAUUAACACUCUA